AUGUUAAGAAGUUUAAGACCUAUAGGUAAACGAUGUUAUUCCACAUUGAAAAUCUCUGAAGAAAUUCAACAAGCUCUUGUUGAAAAUAAAUCAAUUGUUUCAUUGGAAAGUACAAUUAUUACCCAUGGUUUACCAUUCCCACAAAAUUUAAAUAUGGCUCAACAAGUUGAAAAAGAAAUUAGAUUAAAAGGUGCAAUUCCUGCAACAACUGCUUUCAUUAAUGGUAUACCAAAAGUUGGUUUAAACUAUAAUGAAUUAGAAUCAUUAGCUUCAUCAACUUCAAAUGCAACAAAAGUUUCAAGAAGAGAUAUCCCUUAUGUUGUCUCACAAAAAUUAAAUGGUGGUACAACAAUUAGUGGUACAAUGAUUUUAUCUGAAAGAGCUGGUAUUAAAAUCUUUGCUACUGGUGGACUUGGUGGUGUUCAUAGAGAUGGUGAAAAUUCAAUGGAUAUAAGUGCAGAUUUAGAUGAAUUAAGUAAAACUUCAGUUGCAGUGGUUUGUGCUGGACCAAAAUCAAUUUUAGAUAUUGAAAGAACUAUAGAAUAUCUUGAAACAAAAGGUGUAUUUGUUGGUACAUUAGGCUCUAGUGGUACAAAUAUUCCAGGUUUUUAUACUAGAGAUUCAAGUGUAUCAUCACCAUAUAAUUUCCAAAAUUUUAAACAAGCUGCUGAUAUUAUUCAUCAAGGUGAUUUAUUAAAAUUAAAUAAUGGUUUUUUAUUUUGUAUACCACCACCAGAAGAAAUUGCAUUAGAUAGUACAUUUAUUAAUGGAAUUAUAAAUCAAGCAAAUGAUGAAGCUUUAGCCAAGGGUAUAAAGGGUAAACAAUUAACUCCAUUUUUAUUAAGUAAAAUUGCACAAGCAACUAAAGGUGAAAGUGUUAAAUCAAAUAUUGAAUUUGUAUUAAAUAAUGCUAGAUCUGCUACAGAAAUUGCAAUUGAAUAUAGUAAAUUAAAUAAUACAUCCAAAAAUUUCACAUAUCAACCACCAAUUAUCCCAAAACCAAAAAGUACUGAAAAGAAUUCCCAACAGAUUGAUUCAAUUGUUAUAGGUUCAGUUGCAUUAGAUACAUAUUGUAAAACUGAAUCACCUGCAUUGUUGAGAGAUUCAAAUCCUUCUAAAAUAACAUCUUCCAUAGGUGGUGUUGGUUAUAAUGUUGCUUUGGAAUCAACAAAACUUGGUAAUUCGUCAUUAAAAUUCAUUUCAGUUGUUGGUGAUGAUAUUCAAGGUAAAUCACUAAUAAAUAGUUUAAGGACAAAACACAAUGCUAUACAUAUUGCUGAAAAUUCAACAACUUCACAAUAUAUUUCUCAUCAUGAUAAUGAUGGUGAAUUAAUAAUUGCAGCUGCUGAUAUGGGAAUUGUGGAAAAUAACUUACCAAUUGAACAUAUUGAAAAUGAAAUUAAAAAUUCCAAACCGAGAAUUGUGUUAUUUGAUGCAAAUAUUUCUACUAAAACAAUGCAAUUUUUAAUUGAAUUAAGUGCAGAAUUAAAAUUUAAAUUAAUAUUUGAACCAACAUCUGCUCAUAAAUCUAAAAAAAUAUCUGAAUUGAAGAUGUCAGUUUUCCCAAAUAAUUCAAUUGAAUUAGCAACACCAACAAUUAAUGAAUUGAAAUAUAUUUAUGAAUCAUUAGAAGAUUUAGGGAAAUUUGAAUUAAAUGAUUGGUUCCCAGUUAUUGAUGCAUUAAGUGUUGAUAAAUCAAUUAGAUCUAAAUUAGAAGCUGCAUCCUUAAGAGAUCCUUUCUAUAAAAAAUUAUUAUUUGAAGGUAUAUUCCAAUCAGCAAUUAGUCUAUUACCAUUUAUCAAGACAUUAAUUAUUAAAGAUGGGUCCAAUGGUGUUUACUUAGUUUCAAUUUAUGAAGAUGAAGUUCAACUAAAUUCCAAUGCCAAAUUAUCAAUUGCGUCUACAACAAAAGAAUUUAAAGGUCACAAGAUUGGUAUAUUAUUUGAACAUUACGAAGCAAUAAAAUUAGAUCAACAAAUCUCAAAUGUUACUGGAGCUGGUGAUGCAUUAGCUGGAAGUUUAUUGACAUCAUUAACCCAGUCAUCAACAACACCAGCAAAUGUUUUUACUAGUAAUGAACGUAAUGAGGUAAUUAACAAUGCACUAAAGCAAGCAGUAAAUAGAUUAUUAUUAAACUAA